UGGAGUUAGGGUUUCUCCCGAACUGUCAUGGCCAAUGUCCGGCCCUCCACACUCGAAGCACUGACCCGUUUACAAUGCUCAAUAUUCCAAACGACAUACAACCCGACGCGGGUCCGUACCGGUGCCAAAUAUCUCCGUGCUCGUCUCCGGGGCCCUUCUAUGGUCAAAUAUUAUCCCCUCGCGCUUAACAUCUCUGCGAUUGCCCGUCGAUACCCAGCGUUAGAGAUUGUGGAUGAGAAAGAACAGCAGAGGUUCCAAGAUAUUAUCGAUAGGAAGAAGAGAGGGAAAGGCGCCCCGAAAAAGCUGAAAAAGAAUGAGGACGGCAAAAGAGCCCAGAAAAAACGGUAGAAUCCCGG